AUGGGCAACCUGCUUGUUGCGUGGUGCACCCAGCUACAGGGCCAUCGCAAGCUCCAGACCCUUAUACAUGCCGCCUACCCAAGCCAAAAGCUUCAAGGCCCUCAGACCAAUGGCUUACAGCGGGCAAACUGCGAGACGCAAAACUCCAACCAAGACCCACGGUCUCUUAACAAUCUGGAGGCUACAGAACUCUCCUCUAACAUAGCGCCGUGCCUGAUACCAGACCGGGCGGU